CCAUGCAUGGCACUGCAAAUGGAAGAACACACAACAUUGGGCUUGGCGAGGUAUACCGACUGAAAGAUACGUGGCGAAGAAUAUGAAACAGAGGGUCCCGAGAAUCGCCACGAAAUCCGCCAUAUCUGGUUACCCAUGCAGGAGAUACCCUUUAGUAUCUCUCCCUGAAGAAGUUUUAACGCGAUAGAUCAAGAAGCGUUACGUCAGAAAACCCAAGAAGAAACCAUGAGUAGUAACUCGGAGGCGAAGUCUUUGCUUGAUGAAUUGCGCUUCGAUAAGGGAGAUAUCUUCGACCUGGGACACCCUCUUCUCAACUGGACUGCUCAGAGCUUUGUCAAAACUGCUGGUAUUGGAGCACUUCAAGCUAUCGCCAGGGAGGCUUGUCAUAUAGCUUUUGAAGGCAAACGAACUGGACCCAUUAAAUCGACUGAUAUCACUGGUGUCAAGAAUAAGAAGCAAGGCUUCCCUGGCCUCAGAGGGGAAACCAGUCGAAAUUCUCUUGAAGCAAUGGUGAAGCACACUGGAAAAGAAUCACUACAGUGGGGGCUGGCUGCUGGAUUAUAUUCAGGUCUUACAUAUGGGCUAAAAGAGGCUCGUGGAUCUCAUGAUUGGACAAAUAGUGCAGUGGCAGGGGCGAUAACAGGGAUGGCAGUAGCACUUACGUGUGAUAAUACUACCCACGAGCAGGUUCUGCAUUAUGCCAUUAGUGGAGCUGCUCUUUCCACUGCUGCAAACCUUCUAGACUUUUAAGAAAGAUGAUGAAGUGGAGUAAUGUUUUAAUUUAUGGCUGGCAGGGGCAGGGGCAGGGGCAGGGUCUUUAGACUAAUUUUCUAGAGCAUGCUUUGUUGGAGCUUUCAACUAUAAAGAACGUUAUUUCUAAAUAACAAGUACAUAGCUGUUUUUUUACUCGACAA